GGUGUAAGCGGCCGGGCCGGGGGGGCAAGAUGGCGGCUGCAGUCGGUGUUCGCGGCCGGUGCGAGCUGCCGCCUUGCUCUGGCCCAGGCUGGCUCUUCAGCCUUUCCGCCUUGCUAAGUAUGGCGGCUCGAGGGGCCUUCGCCACCACCCACUGGGUCGUCACGGAGGACGGGAAGAUCCAGCAGCAGGUGGAUUCACCAAUGAACUUGAAGCAUCCCCAUGACUUAGUCAUAUUAAUGAGACAAGAAACAACAGUUAACUACCUCAAAGAAUUGGAGAAGCAAUUAGUUGCUCAAAAAAUUCACAUAGAAGAGAACGAGGACAGAGAUACAGGACUGGAACAAAGACAUAAUAAAGAGGAUCCAGACUGCAUCAAAGCCAAGGUGCCCUUGGGGGACCUGGAUCUGUAUGAUGGCACAUACAUAACUUUGGAGAGCAAAGACAUCAGCCCAGAAGAUUAUAUAGACACAGAAUCGCCUGUCCCUCCAGACCCUGAGCAACCUGAUUGCACUAAAAUUCUAGAACUUCCCUAUAGUAUACAUGCUUUUCAGCACUUGCGAGGUGUACAAGAGAGAGUUAAUCUUUCUGCACCCCUACAACCUAAAGAAGAUCCAGUCUUCACAUAUUUAUCUAAACGAUUAGGAAGAAAUAUAGACGACAUAGGGCACCUCAUCCAUGAAGGCCUACAGAAGAACUCUUCCUCAUGGGUACUGUAUAACAUGGCUUCAUUUUACUGGAGAAUAAAGAAUGAGCCGUAUCAGGUAGUGGAAUGUGCCAUGCGAGCACUUCACUUCUCUUCCAGGCACAAUAAGGACAUUGCCCUGGUGAACCUGGCAAACGUCCUGCACAGAGCACACUUCUCUGCUGAUGCCGCCGUGGUGGUCCACGCAGCUCUGGACGACAGUGACUUCUUCACCAGCUACUACACUUUGGGAAACAUAUAUGCAAUGCUUGGGGAGUAUAACCACUCAGUGCUCUGUUACGACCAUGCUUUGCAGGCCAAACCUGGGUUUGAGCAAGCUAUAAAGAGGAAGCAUGCUGUCCUGUGUCAGCAAAAACUUGAGCAGAAAUUGGAAGCUCAACAUAGAUCCCUCCAGCGAACACUGAAUGAGUUGAAAGAAUAUCAAAAGCAGCAUGACCACUACCUGAGACAGCAGGAGAUCCUAGAAAAGCAUAAGCUGAUUCAGGAGGAGCAAAUCUUAAGAAAUAUCAUCCAUGAGACACAGAUGGCAAAAGAGGCACAAUUAGGCAAUCAUCAGAUAUGCCGUCUGGUCAACCAGCAGCAUAGUUUACAUUGCCAGUGGGACCAACCUGUGCGCUACCAUCGUGGAGAUAUCUUUGAAAAUGUGGACUAUGUUCAGUUUGGUGAGGAUUCAUCAACUUCCAGUAUGAUGUCUGUGAACUUUGAGGUUCAGGCAAAUCAGAGUGAUAUUAGUGAUUUGGUCAAGUCUUCUCCAGUAGCGCAUUCUAUUCUCUGGAUCUGGGGCAGGGACUCUGAUGCAUAUAGGGACAAGCAGGAUAUUCUGUGGCCUAAAAGAGCAGAUUGUUCGGAAAGCUACCCGAGGGUCCCCACUGGUGGAGAAUUGCCCACGUAUUUUCUACCCCCGGAAAACAAAGGACUCAGGAUCCACGAACUCAACAGUGAUGAUUAUUCUUCCGAAGAGGAGGCCCAAACCCCUGACUGUUCCGUAACUGACUUCAGAAAAAGCCAGACUCUGUCCUACUUAGUCAAAGAAUUAGAGGUCCGCAUGGAUCUGAAAGCCAAAAUGCCAGACGACCAUGCACGAAAAAUUUUGCUUUCCCGUAUUAAUAACUAUACUAUCCCAGAAGAAGAAAUUGGGUCUUUCUUAUUUCAUGCUAUUAAUAAGCCAAACGCUCCUAUCUGGCUGAUACUCAAUGAAGCCGGACUCUACUGGAGAGCAGUGGGAAAUAGCACUUUCGCUAUUGCUUGUCUUCAGAGGGCUUUGAAUUUGGCUCCACUUCAAUACCAGGACAUCCCUCUUGUGAACUUGGCCAACCUUUUGAUCCACUAUGGCCUUCAUCUGGAUGCCACUAAGCUGCUACUUCAGGCUUUGGCCAUCAAUAGCUCUGAGCCCCUGACCUUUCUGAGCCUGGGAAAUGCUUACCUUGCUCUGAAGAAUAUCAGUGGGGCACUUGAGGCCUUUAGACAGGCUUUGAAAUUAACUACCAAAUGCCCAGAGUGUGAAAGCAGCCUGAAGUUGAUUCGCUGUAUGCAGUUUUAUCCUUUUCUGUACAACAUCACGUCUUCUGUUUGCAGUGGUGAUUGUCAUGAGAAAACCCUGGACAACAGCCAUGACAAACAGAAAUAUUUUGACAACUCACUGUCACUGGAUGCCGCUGAAGAAGAGCCCUUUGAGACAGGAACAGAGGAGGACCCAAUAUUCUCUGUUGAGAAUUCAGGGAAGGACUCAAAUGUCCUUAGACUUGAAAGUACAGUGGUUGAGGAAAGCAAUGGUUCUGAUGAGAUGGAGAAUUCAGAUGAAACAAAAAUGUCAGAAGAGAUCUUGGCUUUGGUGGAUGAAUUUCAACAGGCAUGGCCUCUGGAUGGCUUUGGGGGAGCACUAGAGAUGAAAGGGCGGCGUCUGGACUUGCAGGGAAUACGGGUACUGAAGAAAGGUCCCCAAGAUGGAGUGGCCAAAAGCUCUUGCUAUGGAGACUGCAGAAGUGAAGAUGACGAAGCAACAGAGUGGAUCACAUUCCAGGUCAAACGUGUAAAGAAACCCAAAGGAGAUCAUAAAAAACCUCCUGGGAAAAAGAUAGAAUCAAAUCAAGCAGAAAAUGCACAUCGUUACCAAGCAAACCUGGAGAUCACUGGCCCAAAGGUGGCAUCUCCUGGGCCACAAGGGAAAAAGCGUGACUACCAGAGUCUGGGAUGGCCCAGCCCAGACGAGUGCGUCAAACUCCGCUGGGUAGAGCUGACUGCCAUCGUGAGUACCUGGCUUGCAGUUUCUUCAAAAAAUAUUGACAUCACAGAACACAUAGACUUUGCCACUCCAAUCCAGCAGCCUGCGAUGGAGCCUCUCUGCAACGGUAAUCUCCCCACGAGCAUGCACACCCUGGACCACUUGCAUGGGGUUUCCAACCGAGCCAGCCUGCACUACACAGGCGAGAGUCAGCUAACAGAGGUAUUGCAAAAUCUCGGCAAAGACCAAUAUCCUCAACAGUCACUUGAGCAAAUUGGCACCCGAAUUGCCAAAGUUUUGGAAAAGAACCAGACAUCCUGGGUGCUUUCCAGCAUGGCAGCCCUCUACUGGAGAGUGAGAGGCCAGGGGAAGAAGGCAAUUGACUGCCUGCGGCAGGCCCUCCACUACGCUCCACACCAGAUGAAGGACGUGCCCCUCAUCAGCCUGGCCAACAUCUUGCACAAUGCCAAGCUCUGGAACGACGCCGUCAUAGUCGCCACCAUGGCAGUGGAGAUCGCACCACACUUUGCCGUGAACCACUUCACGCUGGGCAAUGUCUACGUGGCAAUGGAAGAGUUUGAAAAGGCACUAGUGUGGUACGAAUCAACACUGAAGCUGCAGCCUGAGUUUGUCCCUGCCAAGAACCGGAUCCAAACCAUCCAGUGUCACUUAAUGCUGAAGAAGGGACGACGGUCUCCUUAGCGCACCCCUCCUCUCCCGCUCGCUUUUCUCAUGCUCCUAAAAAGAAAAAAAGAAUCAGAAAGGAAACCAAUCAUUGUCGGUAUCUACUUUUAAUGAUGUGUGUGAAAAUAACUGAGUAAGACUUAUCACAGGACCUUACGUAUGUGGGAAUUGGUUUGUUUUUGUUUCUACGCGCCUUCUUUUCCCCCAGCCAACCUCAGAAACACAAAAUUUCUUAAAAGGAAAAUGCAGCUUAAAGAGAUUGUGUAAAUACUGAGCCAAGACAUUUCCAGAGCUGUGCUCUGGCUCCCACACCUCGAGGCCCUUAGGGCUUGCCUCAGUGGUCCAGCCGGCCUCCUCCUCUGGGCGGGGGAGGAGGCGCACGCGCACAUUCCCUGCUUCCCGUCGCAGCCGCUGCUGUCAGUGGAAAUGCACAAGCCCGUCGGUGCCCGCCGGUGAGGGGCAGUGUUCGGCGCAGCCCCCAUCCGAUCUCCGUGCUGUCCCAGCCUUGUCCGUGCCAUGCUGCUCCGUGACAAACACUCAGAGGUAGUUUGCAGGGGAGGAAGGGGGGGAAAUGAUUUUAAACACACCAUAUUUACAACAGCAAAAACUCGUAGGAUCACCUGACCUUUGUAACGUUAUUUAUGUGGGGGAGGGAGGGGGGCUGAGAGGGGAAAUCAGCGCUGUACAACAUCUGUAUCAUUUGUGCUUUAAUUACAAACCACACGGAAACCAAUACGUUGAAACCCUAUAUAACAGGUUUAUAUAUAUAGAAUAUGUAUAUUUGAAGCCCUCUACAGACCGAGUCUAUGUUUUACUAAUUCUUUGUUCGCUGUAUUUCCCAUCUUGGUAUAAGGAGUGAGUGUCAGCUCCCUCUCCCUGAGGCCUUCAGACUUAGCUCCUCAGGAGAGAGCCAUGAGCCAAGGUCGAGUGUUUCUGUACAAUGCUGUUACCUCUGGUCCCAGGAGAAUCAGAAACUCCAGACAUUUUGGAAUCUUCAAGGGCACAUACUGAGAACAAAAAUAAAAGUUGUUUAUGAGCAAAAUAGGUCUGUGGCGUGGUUUUUCUUUUGAGCCAGGCUAACUCGAGCAACUGUGAAGCCUACCUAGAACGCUGCUCUUCUCACGUCCUGGGUUGUCUUUACCUUUCCACAACAGCAAGGUGAGGGGGGAAACCAUCCAUCCCUGGGUUUUGCGGAUGAUGAAUUUAUUAGUGUGAUACCUUUGACCAGGAAAGAUGCACAACCAGCAGAUGUUCAGAGUGGGGUAUAUAAUUGACCUUCCCGGUAAAGGAGCCGUAAUGUAAGUCCCACAGUCACGUCCCUCCGGUGAGCACUGAUUCUGAAGUUCAUCUCAGUAAGCUCCAUGGAGAACCUCGGUGCGAGUCACACCAGUACAAAAUGGAGCAUUCCCCGGGGAACGGGGCUCCACUGAAGACAGGCUUCCUGUGGAGCUUCCUAGAACGCAAGCUGACUUGUCAUCUCAAAUGCUGGGCCACUGGUCCUGCAGCAGUUGGCUCUAGCACAGACUAUGUCAGUAACUAGAAGCAGGGGAACAAGCAGAAUGGUGCACUCCAUCCUCGAUGCGGCUGGAGUCCAGCUAAUUCCAACCAGUUUUAUCAGCUGUAUUUUGAGAACAAGCUAUUCUGUUGCUGAAUAAAGCGAGCUUUCUAAGUUAA